AUGCGCGCCCGUGCCCGCGCUGCGGGUCUCACCGAGGGUGUCAUCGUCAACACCUGCGCGGUCACGGGCGAGGCCGAGCGCCAGGCGCGCCAGGCGAUCCGGCGCGCCAGGCGGCGGAACCCGGAUGCGACGAUCAUCGCCACCGGCUGCGCCGCCCAGCUCGACCCGGAAGGCUAUGCCGCGAUGCCGGAAGUCGACCGGGUCGUCGGCAAUCGGGAGAAGCUCACCCUCGAGGGCCUGACACCGGACGCGGACGAACGCGUCGCGGUCGGCGACAUCAUGGCGGUGCGCGAGACCGCGGGCCAUCUGAUCGCGGGCUACGAAGCCCGCACACGGGCCUUCGUUCAGGUGCAGAACGGCUGCGAUCACCGCUGCACCUUCUGCAUCAUCCCCUUCGCCCGCGGCCCGAGCCGGAGCGUGCCGCUCGGCGCCAUCGCGGCCGAGGUGCGGGCCUUGGUUGCCAACGGCCACCGGGAGGUGGUGCUGAGCGGUGUGGAUCUCGGCCACUACGGCACCGACCUGCCGGGCCGGCCGCGGCUGGGCGAGGCGGUGCGCCGCCUGCUCCAGGCGGUGCCGGAGCUGCCGCGGCUGAGGCUCUCCUCCAUCGACCCGGUGGAGAUCGACCCCGCGCUGGAGCGGCUCUUCGCCGAGGAGCCGCGGCUGAUGCCGCACCUGCACUUGAGCGUGCAGGCUGGCGACGAUCUGGUGCUCAAGCGGAUGAAGCGCCGCCAUAGCCGCGCCGACGUGCUGGCGCUCUGCCGCAGGCUCCGCGCGCUCAGGCCGGGCAUCGCCUUCGGCGCCGACCUGAUCGCGGGCUUUCCGACCGAGACUCAGGAGAUGUUCGAGAACACGCGACGCCUGAUCGCGGACGCCGGGCUGAUCUGGCUCCACGUCUUCCCCUAUUCGCCCCGCCCGGGCACGCCGGCGGCGCGCAUGCCUCAGGUACCCGUUGCUGAGCGCCGCACCCGCGCGGCGGCCUUGCGCGCUGCCGUGGAAGGCCCGCGCCGGCGUUUCCUGGAAGGGCGCGUCGGCCGGGAGAGCCAGGUGCUGCUGGAGAAGGCCGAGAGCGGGCGCGACGAGUGCUUUGCCGAAGUCGCAUUCGACCGUCCGGCGGGAUCGCCGGGCGAACUGGUGCGCGCGCGGAUUACCGGAGCGACAGGCGACCGCCUGAUCGGGACCGUCGCCUGA